AUGGAGAAUACCGGUAAUGACACGGAUGUCCUAUCGGCUGGUGAUCUUCUGCCUGACCCCGAAUUUGAUGAACAUGGAUACGACGCCAACGAGGAAGUAUUGCUCCUGCAGAUGAUGGGCACAGCCAACGAUGCCGUUUCACCCAAUCUUCAAGCCGUCCUAGACGACCGCGUCGAUAUCGGGUGGCCUACUGGGCAGAGGCAGCAGUCUCCUCUCCUCAUGGAGCGCCCACAGAGCUCGGGUAUUGAUACUUCAGCUUUCAGUUUUGCGAAGCCGGCUCAGAACAGAAAGCCCUUUUCGCUUCAGCCAGCUUCGAGGCACUCUUCAUCUGGUGUAAACCAAACAAAGCCAGACCGGGCGAGAGGCAGAGUGGGUCAUGACUCAGGUGAAGAGCAGGGUGAUCAGGACCAGACUGCUGUUUGUGCCAGCACUCGAAAUGCCGAGUUUCCAACGUCCCCAAAUAAUGUCGAGUCCUCUUCUGUAACAAUAGAUAAGAGGCAGGAUACGAGCGAGCAACUUAUACUCUCUACGCUGCCAAGUACAGACGCAAGAUCCCAAUCCAGAGCUUCUAUGGAUGGCCAGACCGACCAGGUCUUACCAUCUGAGCCGGCCCCCGAAGAUGAUCAGCAGAAUCAACCAUCCGAGCAUGACAUACAAGAGGCGGUAGUGUCUGGGCCUUCUAGUUUGGAUCCCAGCCAAACCCCGAACCAGUCGACUAUUAAUGAUGGGCGACUCAAUAGACUGCCCUCUUCCGAGGGCUUGGACUUGGUGCAGAAUGGCUCGUCCGAAGCGCGGCCUACUGAUCAUCCGUGGAAAGUUGCAAAACGGCGACACAGCGACAAGCGAAGGGCGACAAAGAGAGUAUCGUAUGCAACAUCAGAACCAAGCCUGCAAGUUCCAGAAGAGGCACUGUUUCAACAGUUAAUCGGCCGAUUGAGGGCUCGGGAGGAAAGCGAAGCAGUGGCCUUGGACCGACAGAAAGAAAUGGAAACAAACAUGCUAGCACUGAGCGAAGAAAACAAAGUUUUGAAGGAGGAACUUGAGAUACUCGGCUCCAAGCUACAGAGGCGAACGAUGGAAUCCAGGGCCUACAAAUAUCACACGGAUUCAUGGAAAUCGAAACUGGCAAAAGUCAAGGUAUUCCUUAACGAACUCGGCACUGGCUAUCAGAAUCUCCGCGGCGAGGCAAUACAUUUCAAGGCAACCCGAAAGACGCUGGACAAGGAACGUAAGGAAAUAACAGAAAGUAUUGGAGAUAUCAAAUCACGAAUGUACCAGAUAUCCCAAGCCUCUCAUGAGAGGCGAGGUUGUCUUUCGGAGGCGCAGACCCUUAUGGCCUCAUUAGGCGAGCAACUAAAAGAUGCGAGAGAAAUGGCACGGUAUUCUCAAGACCAGCUGGCUGACGAAAAGAGAAGAUCCCGCUUGCUCGAGCUAUACAUACAGAAUUGUUCACGCGCUCAGGACAGAAAGCUCGAUCUUGUCAAGACUAACCAGCUCGAAGCUAUGAAACAACUUGAAUUUACCUUCGAAUCGAUGACCAAACGCAGUGAAUCGUCCCACGCGGUCUUUGGUGACGCGAUUGAACAAAGAUUGAAUGAUCUCAUUGCUUUAGUCGGCACCUCAAAUGAAACAUUGUCUAAUGGCAAACUAGAUCUAUUGAAAUGCAGCGAAGCUAUCCACACAUUUGAGACCCGCAUGGAUUCAAUGACACUCCGGAUGGGAGAGGAUAUUAAGAGCAGCUCAAACGUCGCUGACGGAAUGGUAAAGAGUUUGGAAGAGCAACUUCAAAUAUUCACAGACAGCGUGAGCGACAGAUCAGCCCUACACAAGCAACUCACCGCUAGCGAAGAACGUUGUAUUCAUCUUCAGACGAAGCUAGAAGGAGCAACACCAGCUUUUGCGAAACUUGACUCGAGCGUUAAUGGAUUGCGGGAAAGAGAGGUCGAUCUUGGACAGCGGAUGGAGUGUCUGGAAGCAAGACUGGCCGAGGUCAAACUUCCGAAGCGAUUCGAAGACGACUAUUUCCACAUUUCGGAGAAACUGAAGCUCGAGAAUGAGAUACAGCAACUACAACUCAAGUUGGAGUUAACGAAAGAGAAGCUGGAGGCUCAGUAUUUGGAUGGGAAGACGAAACAGGGUGACUUAGGUGAGAUGACGGAACGAGCCCACAAGACAGAGAAGAAUGUAACGAAACUCGAAGAGCACAUUGCUCAACUGCAAGAGAGGAUCGAGGAGACGGAAAAUGAGGCACAAGACAACAUUAAAAGGGCAGUUGCAAGCGCCAGAGACAAGUGCAGUGCGGAGUUCGAAAGACGAUUGCAUGAACUACUGAUGGAGAAGGUCGAGCUUGAGGGGGAUGCAAAGCGAGCCAAGGAGAAACUGGUUGAAUUACAACGCAAAUUAGUUGAGGUUGAAGACUCGACCAAGAGACAUCGCAAGGAUCUAGAUGCAUUGUUUUCUGAGCGGCAAAAGCGAAUCGAAUACCUCGAAGGCACCCAGGAUGAGCAAACUGCAAACAUAGCCAAACGAGACGCAGAGAUUGAAAGGAUGAAAGAACGAGUGGAAGCACUCAUGGAGCAACAAAAUUCUCUCCGCAGCCAGCUCGAUGAAGCGCUUCGAAAGUCAAGCAGCUUCGAGGGCGAGCUACUGAAAACCACGACAGACAGCCAAGUGUCCCAACAGGUCCUGCAAGACAGAUUCUCUGCCCUUAAGGCUGAGAUUGCGUGGAAAGAGGAGAAUUGUCAAGCUUUGAAAGAAAGUCUUUCUUCUGCCCAAAACCAACUUAAGGGGAAAGAAGAGGAGUGCCAGGAUUUACAGGAUAACCUUCACGCAAUUCAAGGUGAGCUCCGUGGGAACGAAACGGAGCGACAGGCCCUGCAAGAUAACCUCUCGUCGCUUCAAGACAAAGCCACGGAGAACGAAGAGGCACACCAAACCUUGCAAGACAGUCUUUCAUCCAUCCAGAGCAGACUCACGAACAAGGAAGAGGAGUAUCGAGUUUUGAGUAAGGAGCUCGAGGAGUCAAACAAUAUACGAGAAGAUCUUGAAUCUGGUAAAUCGAAGGCAAAAUCGGAAAUUCAUGCUCUGCUCAAAAGGGUGCAGGAGGCGGAAUCUGCAACAAAAAUGGUCAGAGAAACCCUCCAUCGGAUGAAUGUCGCGCAGCUAGAUCAGUCACUGCCGGAGAUGAUGGAUCAGCUGGAGAAGUCAUUCCAGGCAGCCAGCUCAAACCAAGCGGCAAUUGUCGGUCGAAUUUCAUCUCAAGUGAGAACGCCUGAAACGUCGGCAAGAGUUGCAAAUUCUGGAACGGACCUCAAUGCUGGCAACCAAGGAGAAGUGCACACGGAUCCAGAGGAUAAUGAACCAAAGACGCCGAUAAACCAUUAUGACGAACAUUCGCCGUCGAAGCAGGGUGGGCACAUAAUCCCGUUCUCAAGUAUAGCAAUAUCCCCUACCCACUGCGACGUUGCAGAUGAUGAACCGUUUGACUUCUCUUGCAUGCUUAUGCACACCCCUGAAAGAACAUCAGCGCAGCAGGAACUCAUGGCCCCGCCGAGACCAGAAAAGGAACCCCCGUCAAUGGAGGUCAUUCCUGGAGUGAAACGUGUUUCAAGUGCCCAAGGACCAAAUAAACUGCGUACAGAAGACCAGCAUCUGAGUAUUUCAGCAGAUGAAGCUCAUCUUCAGCCAAACGGCCCAGCCCCAACGCGAAAAGUCUCUUUUGUGAUGAGAAGCACAGCUGCAGAAACAGAUAGCGUUCAAGUUCCGGAUUCGCAGGAGAAGAAUUUCCAAAGCAAUCUUUUGGAGUCGUCACUUAACGGAGACAACCCAACACGAACCAAUCGAUGGACGUACAGUAAACGCCAGCGGGAUACAUCGACAAAGCGGCAAGACGCGAUGACGAGCGAGAAAGCAUAUUCUCAGACUGACGACCAGGAGGCGCACAAUAAAAAAGUGAAGGCUAUUGCGGAACCUCUUGCGACUGCGACCCAGGCAAGAGCUGGGUCAGAACUUCAUGAUCACCGCAGGAGUCCUACCAGGCUGGCUUCCGGAAGCAGUCGCACUUCCUUGGACCUACCGGUUAUCGAGCAAAAAACCAGACGGAGGUCAGGACGAAAGACACGAGGUGACAAAUACAAUGCUCGGUUUAGUCAGGACGCCUAG